AUGCCAUAUUAUCGUCUUAAGGAUCUCAUAAAAGCGAUUCGUGCCUGUAAAACGGCAGCUGAUGAACGAACUGUCAUUCAAAAAGAAUCAGCAGCAAUACGUACAAGUUUCAAAGAAGAAAAUAAUGAUGCACGACAUUCAAAUGUGGCAAAGCUACUUUACAUUCACAUGUUAGGCUAUCCAGCUCAUUUUGGUCAAAUAGAAUGUUUAAAACUAGUUGCUUCAAAUAGAUUUGCAGAUAAAAGACUUGGAUAUUUAGGAAUAAUGCUUUUAUUGGAUGAGAAUCAAGAAGUAUUAACUUUAGUUACUAAUUCUUUGAAAAAGUAA